GUGUGCCUUGAUUUGAGAAGCUUUCUCAGCUUGGAAUUACCCAAUACCAGUACACAUCGCUUCGCCAUUGCAACGACACAGCACAAGAUGCCGAAGCCACAGAUGAAUCAGUUCUGGAUAUGGACCCUAAGCUCUGUGGCAGUCCUGGCCCUCUUGAUCAUAACAUUGCCUGUACUGCAGUCUCUGUUGACGGGCUUGCCCACCAACUUGGCGAAACCUCUCGGCGGGGGCGGGCACCAAGACGCACAGCGCACCAUUUACAGCCCAAGUGAUGAUGCUUUACGUGGUUCCAGCGCUUCUAGAGGAAACUCAAAUUUCCUCUUUGAGUUUCUCGAACGUCCUGAUAUCGAGUCGCUUGACAGCGCCGUUGACGGAGCAUGGAGCCAGGCGAUGAACACUCCUCUUGGUGGCUUCCUCCUGGUUCGACACAACGAGACGUAUAGCCAAGGUUGGGGCGUGAGCAUGUUCCACAGCAUCCAUUGCUUGGGAAUACUGCGUUCUACAAUGCAAAACUACUUUGGCCUUGCCCCGGAGAAUGGUGGCCAUGCAGCGCAUGCGCAUGGCCAGCGAGAUAGUGCACUUUUGCACGUAGAUGAGAGAAAGCAUGUCGAGCACUGCUUGGGAUAUAUCGGUCGAGCCCUGCUAUGCAAUGGCGACGACACCUUGGAGCCACCAUUUACAAAAUAUGAUGCUGCGGGCAACAUACUCCUAAGUGGUGUUAAUGGGCAGGGACACCAGCAUUCUUGUCGUGACUCGACGCUGGCUUGGAAGACUGUGCUUGCGGCGGAGGAGAAUCCUGUCGAAUCCUUCGACUGGUCUCCGGGAGCUACAAUUCGGAGUGUAUUCGGGAGAAGAUAGACGAAUGAAUCGCUUACGAGGUAACAGUAAAGAGGCGCUCUUAACAAUACUGGCAUUUUAGAAACGUGUACAAUAAAUUCUCUACAGAUGCAAGCUGUAGGCAUCAAUAUUCACAAAUAUAUACAAUAACAGCGUAUCUAAUCUUUAUUUCACUCCAAGCAA